CGUACACUUAAUAUAAUACCGACUUAAGAUAGGCCUUUUAUCCAGAGGUGUAGUCAUUUCUCGGACAUACAAUUCAUCGCGAGCAAGAUUGCUCGUUUGUAAUGGAACUGAGCAUGCGCAGUUAGGCCAUAACAACACUGUCUACCCAAAAAUGGCAGACAGUGGAAGAUGUGACCAUAAUAGUUUAACACAUUUCGGGGUGGACAGGAAUAGCGUUGUACUUCUUUUAGCCAAGGCACUUAAACAAGAGAAUGCUGAUGUAUUUCUAGAAGUGUAUGACAACUUGAUACCAUCUAGUCUUCCUACUGAAGAGAUUGAUCGCCUGAAAGAGACAGCAAGACGGAUAGCUGAACUACCAGAUAAGGAAUUUGAUAUUCUGAUCACUGGCUCUGUCACCGACUUUCAGCCUCUGGUGUUUGAGCAACAUCCCUGUGAUCCCCCCAAAGCACAGACUGUUUCUUGCCAUAUGGCUGCCACCGAUGAAUCUGCAAGCAUCAGUGCUGGGGUAGAUGGCAAGACUACAGCACUUUCAGUUACUUCUGUCAAGAAUGCGUCUGCUGAAGUAAAAUCUGAUGUACAAUUGAAACAUGCUGUGAAUGAUAAAUGUUUGAAUAAUGUAACUCCUCAAGAAAAGAAGGAAGAUGUCAUUCAUGUCACUGGCAAGAAAAAUGGAUCACUAGCAAACAAGGACUCUCAAGUUAAAAAUGACAUUCAUCACAGCAAUGUUGAUAUUGGGGCUAACAUAUCAUUUGGAUUAGAACUGAGUGCAACCAGCAGUAUUGUGAACAAGCCAAAGGUAGAUGAAAAGAGCAGUGUUAAAAACACAAAUUCACAUAAAUUGCUUUCAACAAAGAAAAAAUCUUGUGACAGUACUCAAGGAAGUAAAGUAUCUGCUUCCAGCCCUUCCCCACAUACAAUAAACAAAUUGAUGAAUCGUGCUGUAGACAUAGUUGAUGCUUCCGAAUUCCCAGAAAGUUCAACGUGUCCUAAACCUGAGUACAUUGACAGUGAGCGCCUUGACCAUUCUGACGCCGUAGCUUUGAACUAUGUGUCAGGUAGUAGUGACUUUAGUCGCCGCAACCUGGGUAAUAAUGUCUUUGAGAAACCCGUGGAGCGGGAGAUGCAGCCUGUGAAACUGCAUGUAGAUAGCAGUAGGGAGCAAGAGGGACUAUGUAGCAGCAAGCUGCCAAAGAACUAUGGAAGCAUUGAAUCUCCUGAAACAUCUGCUGGUGUCAAUGCUGUUUCAUCUCCAGAGGAUGAAAUCUCUCCAACUGCAAGCAGUACAGCAGAAGUGCUUGGUGAUGGUAUUGGCUUAGGGGGUCCCGAAGUGGCAGAUGAACCCACCAAGAAGAAGAGGAAAAGGAAAAAGAAAAAGAAAGGAAAUACUGAAGCAGAUCCAGGUGGAACAGCCAACUCAUCUGAUCAUGAGAACAAAGCACUUACAUCACCAGGCACAUCUGGGGCAGAAGACAGUAAUAAAAUAACAGAUGCAGUCUCACAAUCUUCGUCCAAUUUAAAAACUCUGAAUGGACCUAGUGGAGCACCUUCUAAAUCAUCUGCACCUUCAACAAAGACUAAGAAAACAGAAAACAAAAAUGACAAGAAACAGACAAAUAAUGCAAAGAAACAAGUGGAUUCAACUCUUGAAGACAACAAAGCCAUCAACAAAUCAGACAAGAGAGUUACUUCUGGGAAGCCUGACCGGCCAAAAUCACUAGACAUGUCAGAUAAAGAUGAUGCUCUAAGGACUACACAUGAAUCGUCUAGUGAUAAAAAGCCUUUAAAUGAUAAGUUAGUUAAAUUAGAUGGUGAUAAAAGUGCUGCAAAGGAAGCUAAUACAUCUGAUAAUGAAUCAGAAAGUGGAAAUGAUGCCGAAAAAAGCAGCGAGGAUACCAGUAUAAAGGCAAGCCAAGAGAGCUCCAUGGACGAGAAUUUUCGCGAUGAAGAUGAAGCAAAUGGUAGUGAGUGGCAAACAUAUGGAAUAAAGAAGAGCAAGAGGAGGGCUUAUGCUGCAGAGGAUAGAUACACUUUUAGACCUUCACCUGCAGAUAACCUCAGACGCUCUUAUUACAGUGGACCAUUUGAUCCUAAGUUACGUAAAUCCAGCAGUGAGCCAUCGGGCAUGUCCAAAUGGAUGGAUGUGAGCGAUAAUAGACCAGUACAUAGGCAUGCUUCCUUUUCCCGCCACCAUAAUCUGAGAGAGGAGUUUCACAGCUUAUCGCCUAGACCAGACAGUAUACCUACAGACGAGAGUGCUGAGAAACCUCCCCCACCAGUUUCUGCCAACUCUUAUGCAGCCAAACUAAAAGCUAAACCACCUGUUCCUCCUAGUGGGAGUGUUAAAAAACCCCAGGAAAAUCAGCCCAUUGUUGGAGAUCAGCAAGAAAGCACAGUGGAUGAUAGUACAUGUAAAACACUUUCAGCUUCUCUUACUUCUAGUGCAACAGAUGGCAGAGAACAGCAACAAGACCCUCCUUUGAUAAAACCACCAGAAGUAAAGGACAAUUUUGAAACAAAGUCUUCUACAUCAUCUACUACUGGAGAAUUGGACAGUCAGACUGAUCUUAGUGAUAUUCCUGCCAAAGCAUAUGGUAGUGGUGUAGUUGGUGCUGUGACAGCUGCCAAAUCAGCAAGUCUCCCACGUGAUAUGGGCCGUAUACCGGAUGCCGAGUUGCCAAAACUGGACAAUACAAGUGCAGAUAAUGUUGUGCAAUAUCUUGACUUGCAAUGCUCCAAUGACACUUACGCAGCACGCCUUAAACAAAGCAUUAACAAGUCAUCAACAGACACUAAAACACUGAGUAAAGUACUUAGCACCCAGCAGGAUACAUCAAAAGCUAGUGAUGAUAUCAAACCAGCUAGGGCAAGUAAACUAGAGAGCAGCCAUAAAGCUGUAAGCCUCGACUCUGCACCACCUGCUCCGGCAGUGGUGCCCAAGAAAUCAUCUAGUGCCAAUACUAAAGACAAGGACAGUAUGCGGACAGUCAAAUCUGAAACUAGCCUUAACUUGACGUCAGAGGGUACUCCUGUCAUCCAGGACAACUCCUUCCCUUUUGAAGCAGUGCCAGCUGAUAGCUUUGACAUUACGUUUGGUUCAGUGAAAUUCUGCGAGAGUGAUUUCGAACUGAUCGACGAUGUGACGCAAAGCAACCAACAGCCAAAGGGUAAAUCUGAUUCCAAGCCUGUGCCUCAAUCCUCUCCUGUCAAUAACCCAGAGAAUCGAACCAAUGCCAGCUCUCCAUCUCCACCUCCUAACCAGGUCAGUUGUGCUGAUCUGGAAAAGGCUUGGAUUUCCAAGACUCCCCAGAACAUUGACAAAAGUGACAAUCACCAUAUCCGGAAGACUACUCCGGACAGUACCUCUACAGUGCCAUCAGUACCUGCAAGCCUUGCUGCCAUUCUUGCAAGUGGCAAUAAGAACAGUAUCCCUCAUACCACAAUGGGAGAGAAUAAUAACCUGAAGAAGAAGCCAUUGGAUCGACAGCAAUAUUGGACAGCCAGAUUUAACCACUCAGAAUUGGCAGAUAUGCUUCAGAAAGAAUGGGAGAAGUUGAAUUUUGAGCUGACCAAGCAGUCAUCCAAGGUUGUGGUCUAUGAAGAAGAAUAGGACUUUCUAUGAGAUGUUGUAAUGAAUCUGAUGCAUGCUAUCAUGUAUCAUUGUUUGUGUGUAAAUUUUGUCCAAAUUCUUGAAAAAACACAGAAUAUUUUCUUUGUUCUUACAACUAUUUUGUAUGUUUAUCAAGUCUGUUAUAUUUUUCAUGUUUGCUUUAGUUUGAUACAUUGAUGCGUCAUGUUCUUGCAGUAUGAAUUAUGAUCGGGAAUUUAAAUUUUGAUUUGUGUUAUCCCCAGUUCAGUGAUCCAUGUGUGAAAGAAUAUAAACUUUCAAAAGUUGAUGUUAGGAAGCAUUGCAUACUAUUUCUAUGAUUGAUCACAUCAAACUUUGAAUACAGAAUUUUCCCUUUGCUCUCGAGCAGUUGAUAUCAAUUUUUUUUUUCAAACUCAGCAUGGACUUAGAAUCUGAGGGUUGUGAGAGAGGUAAGUUCUUCUCACAGAUUUAGAUCAGGGAGCAUUUGAUAAUAAGACUUGUUGGAUGUUUUAUCUGACAGGUCCUGUUUUAUGUGAUGGUUACCAUAGCAACUGUGCUACACAGCCAAUCAAAAUCAAGGAGAGUUGUCAGAUGAAAAACAUUGAUGAAAUGGUAUCCUGGCAUGCAGAUUUGCUCCAUGAAAGAAAUGAUGUCUAAUGUAUGAAUGUUAAAGAUGCAAUCUAUAAUGAGACUUGCAUUAAAGAGAAUGGGGACAUAUGUACCUUUGUCACCUCAGCAGCGUGUAGUCUUGCUAAGCAAAAAUCUCUCGUAUUAUUAUAUUUCACCUGAAAUAGGUUAAACUUGUUGGGAAUCAUCUUUAUGAAAAAUAGAUAUAUGUUUAUUCCCUCUUUCAUAAAACUUAUUAAAACAAUUGCUACAAUCAUUUUGCUUAUUUGCUCUAAGCCAAUCAAUAACAUGAUUUCAGUGAUAUAUGGCGGUAGCUUUUACACUCAUCUUUUAUCUUAAAAAAAAAAAAAAUGUACAUUUGACACGUACCCUGUUCAUAUGUCCAAUACAGCAUCAUUGUUGUAAAUAUUACUCAUCUUAGCAGUUUAAGGGUAAGCGCUGUCAAAUCCCUGUCAAUUGUAUGCUAAAAGAACACAAUAUUUCUACAAUUAUCCUGGCAUUCAUACUGUUUCCCGCUUACCAGGGGAUGGUCAAUCUUUUUUUAAUGAUUGAGUGUUCACAUUUGCCCCAAUCUUCAAGGGACAAGUCAUGGCUGACUGACAUGAUGUGGAAGCAGUUCAUUGUUUCUGCAUUUUGUGUGUGUUCUCUUGAAUAAAAAACAGCUGCACCCCAUUGGAAUGUAGCACUGAAUUGCAUAGUUUAGUGGAAUAUUGCGUAUACUUCCAAUAACCAGGGGGGGGGAAUAGGAAACAAAGCAUUUUUCUCCUGAGCGUUCAGACUGAGGUUUUUUUUGGGGGGGGAUGUCCAGUAAGUGAGAGAUAGUCUGAACACAGUGAUUAUACCGGUAUUUUGACUGAAGUAUCUGAAUGAGUCAGCCAGAAUGCUGCAAUAAAAUACAGAAACUUCAUGUGUUCCUAUUUACAAGGUGGCAUGUGUGAACAGGGUAUGAUUAUAGUUUGGACAAUGAAGAGGGUGGUAGUUGUCCUGCUCUGAAUAUAGCUUGAUGUUUUUGCUGAAAAAAAGUAUUGCUUUGUAUAUUUUUUUAGAUAUUAUUUUCAUUCAUCCUUGAAGGAUUUUCAUGAAAAAAAUCUAUAAUUUAUCUUUAAGUGUAAAAUCUAACAGAAGAAUAAUUGUGGUAAUAAGGGCAGUAGACAGUUAAUAGUUUAUAAAUAUUAUUGGGAUCAAAUUCCAAUUCUAGAUUUCCUAAUUCUUGAUUCUACAUAAAAUUUUUUAAUAUAAUUUGUUCAAAUUUAGAUUAUUUUGUAAUGUUCUGGGUUUCAAAAAUAUUUGAUUCUCUGAGAUAUUGCGGGCUUAAGUGCAAGUGACCUUUAUAUGUACAUUUUGUUUCAGAUUUUGUAUGAAGAUUUGUUUUGAUUAUGUUGUGUUUUUGACUAUCACUUUGUUAAAUGCCAAAGAAAUCUUCCUUUUGGUUUUGAGAUAAAUGGCCCAAGGUCCUUUUGAGUAUGACCCAAACGAGGCCAGUAAUUUUACAGCAAGUAGCAGGUCUUUGCAUAAGUAGGAAUCAGAUAUAAGCUAUCAAACAUCAGUAUAAUGUGAGAUGUAGUCUUUGACAUGUUGAGAAGUGCCACUUUGGUUACGUCCUAGUCAUAGCCAGUCAUGCUCAUAUAACCAUUGCAAAGGUGCUGACGAAGUGCUUUCCUUGUACAACUGUUGCUUGUUCUAAAGAUGGCAAAAUUUUAUAUUGUGAACUACAUGUAUUUUGAUACACAUCCUCUACCUACACAUGUCUCCAUCUUCUGUUUUGGCAGAAUGAAAUAUGAUUUUCUUAUGCCAAAUUUCAUCAAUUUUCUGAACUUGCUGAUUAAAGUGGGAUGCUUCAAGGAUAUUUAAUCAGGUCGGUGAAUGAAGGGAGCCACUUCCCCUGAAAAUAUCCUUUUUAAAGGAUGUUUGUUAUGUGUAAAUGGAUGGUGGAUGAAAGCCACAAACAUCCAUAGCAUGUUCUGUGUGAUCUGCUAUCUAAUAUAGGAUAAAUGAAAACAAAUACGAUAAGAGAUGUGUAUUAUACAUUCACCUUUCGAUGAUCAAAGGCAUUCUCGUGAAGAAAAGUAUAAAAUUAAAUGAUAUGGGGAAAACAAGUGAUAGGGUAGAUAUAACAGGAGUAGUCUUUGAAAGUCUUCUGAACUGAUGGCAUGAAUGGAGAUUCCAGAAUGCCUCUAUUUCUGGAUAGAUUGUUGGGUAAAAGCAAUUUUUGUCACUUUUGGUAAAUCUUGUUGGUUCCUUUCUUCAGAUCUCUUCAUUGUCAAGAAGAUUGGGUUAUGUUUCUGGAGAUUGCGUAAUGAAAUAUACCUUGUGGUUUGGUGUGUUGAGCAGGUCAUGUCAUAUCUGGCAGGUAGCUAGUAUCGUUAUUCUUCCUAUGACAUCACCGAAUGUACCAUGUGACUUGAUGUGUCUCAAAGGUUGUGCCACAUCUAUAAGGUUACAUUAUGUCAGAUUUCUUCACUUCACAUCGUCACAGAACUCAUGUGACUUGGGUUUUCUAUAAGGUGAUGUCAUAAUCACCCUCAAAAAACCUCUUCUGUCUUGCUGCUUCCUAUCUCAAGAUGUUACAAUGAUGUCCUAUUAAAACCCACUGGGAUCAUUGUGAUUUUGAAUAUAUUGUAUGGAUUUCCUUUCCUGUUUGAUCCAAUGUACAUGUAUUUCUAUUUUAUUUCUCUUUGAAAGAAAGUACUAAAAGUAGGUUGCACACUGAUGUAUAUAGAUAUAUGAAGAAGGAGGAUUAGCUUUGACUUGCGAUACUUUUGUAUUAUGCAACUUGCAAUAGUCAACUGGCAGAUUGCGUGAAGGAAAGAGAGCUUUUGUAGUAUUGGAGGAAAAAGUUGGUUGAGAAAUAGAUUUUUGUUGUGAAGAAAAAGAUAAUGUAACAUGCAACAAAAAGAAGAAGCAAUUUUAGCUUUUCGUAUCAUAGAAUCUUUAUCUUCUAACAUGUUGCAAUAUGUUGUGUAAAUUGUACAUGUUUUUCUUGUGAACACCUGUACAGGUUCAUCUGCACCCAAUGGAUUUUAAAUCAGAGACAGUGAUGAUAAACAUUGGGUGUGAAAUUGUAGAAUUAUAAAAUAAAGUGUUGAGAGAAGUGUGUGAUCAGAGAGGGGUUUGGAAAAAAAACAAACAUUAUUUUUGUACAGUGUCAGCUUUACAUGUGUUGUCACAAAAAGGCGAAGAAGCAGAAAAAAAGCAAACUGUUUAUUGAUAAUUUGCAAAAGAAGAAUAAGUUAAUCUCUAUACAUUAAUUAGUUAUAAAAGAAAAAAAGUUUAGUUAUAAAGUUUAUUAGAGGUUUGAAAAACUUACUUUUAUUUUGAGGAUGUGUUGUUUCUUUUCUUGACAGUUUUGUCUUAGAGAUAGGCAUGAAAAUGUAAGGUUUAAAAAAAAUAUGAAAAAAUUGCUGGCAUAAUUGCAUGUCUUGCAUCCCUAUUCUUUAUUUUGUGCACAUAUUUAAGGCAUUGAUUAGCAUUUACAAAGAUCUUGUUUAAAAAAGAAAAUACUAAGUUUUGAUUCAUGUUGUAUUUAAUAUUCAUAUGACUAAAAAUUCACACAGAAAAAAACUAAAUCGGGAAUAAUGUUGAUCUUUUUUUAUGUUGAAAAAAUUCCCCUCGCAGCGGUGAUUCGAGCAGUGACUAUGAAAGUACAUGUACAUGGUUCCACAGAGUUGGUAUAAAUCUUGGCUAAUAAAAUAUAUAUUAAGUCAAGCUCAAUGGUAAUUGUAAUUUGAUGUUACAAUAUUAGGACAAAGCUCUGAUGUGUAUACAACUGAGAAUCUUGUCUUAAAAUAUUGUUAAUCUUGUCAAAGUGUAAUUACCAUAAUGUUUUUUGUUUCUUUUCAAAGAGGCUUAUUACACUGACAAUGUACCAUGGAAUUUGUGGCCCAAUAUAUGCAUAUUCUAGACAUUUGCUAUGACUGGGUACCAUUUAAUUCCUGGGUAGGUUGUGGCUAAUGUGAAUUCUUGCUUUGCUCAAAGGCCUCAAUGGGAUUUGAAAUUUUGAAAUAAUUGUUCAUAGGUCCUUAACUACUACAUGUAAGCUGCCCACAUGUUGAAAAUUCCUCCUUACCCCAAUUUUGGGAAGAAGUUGCUUGUAAAUUAGUGCAUCAUGUUCAUUUGAUACAAAGGUAAAGAUUAAUUACAAAUGUAAAAUCAACUAUACAGUGCAAUUGGUUACUGGUCAGUCUUAUGAACAAGACGUACAUCUCCAGAGUAUAUGAAAACAACAAAAUAUAUUAUAUGUAUAAACAUACUGUGCUUUAUUUGCCUUAAAAAUAUGUUUGAGUAGAUUUUUUCUAAAAAGAUCUCUGAAUUUUUACUAGUGAGUUGGAAGAAACCUUGCAAGAUGUCAAUGAUCAGAAAAUUACUUAGUUACACAUGUGGAUAUACUGAUAAUAGGGUAAAUAGGAAGGAAACCAUUGUUGGUGUAGUUGAAAAAUAAACACAUUUUGACCACAUUUGAUAUCUAAGCACUUGUUCGGUCUCAUUUUAAAUAUGCAUGCACAACUUUUUUUCACUUGCAGAUGUAAGUUGUUGCACCAUUAACAGAUAUUUGAGCUACACAAAGUCCUAUUAAAUCAUUAUGGUACAUGUAAAAUGAAUUAAAAAUCCUUCCAUUUCUCUUGUUUGUUUCUGAAAAUUUAAAAACAAAAGUUUCAUGAGGUUGAACUUAUUACUGGAAGGAGAUAUGUGAGCAAUUUCAUGAAUUUUCAUGCACAUUUAUUUGAAUAAAAAAUCUCCUUAUUAAAAUUAACUUUUAUGAUUAUACCUGUAUUUCAAAAUUAUUAUUUGAAUUGAAAAAAAAGUUUUUCACUUAAUUUUAUAUUGAAUUACUUGUAUCUGUUUUGAAAGAUAUUUGCUUUUGAGAAAAAAAAGUGAAAAAAAAGAAAGAAGAUUAUUACUAGUAGGUUGCUUGGCAAAUGGCAAUCAUACUGAAGUUUGUAUUUCCCGUACAAGUUGUAAGGAAUGAGUUUGCCAUAAUGUACACAUCACAGCAUGAAAGUCUUUAAAUUAAGAUAUUUCACCACAGAAAUAUUUAUAAAUGUUUUUGUACAAAAUUCUUGAUGAGCUGCUUUCACUUAAAUGGUUGAAAAUGCGAUGCUUAAAAUUUGCCAUGCUAAAUUUCAGUAUUUGAAAAGUACAUGUAUAAGUUGAUACUUCUGCUUUAGAAAAAAAAAAAAUAUAUUUUUAAAUGACCAUGUAUGCAUGUAGCAUUCAUUUGUUGUUUUGCUAGUGAUCUUCAGACAAUAUAUGAAUGUCUGAGUUAAAUCAUUAAAAUCAGAUAAAUUAAAAUAAAUCAAAUGUAUGCAAAUGCUUCCAAUUGUAAAAAAGGGGACAGGCUGUGUGACUAAGGUAUAUUUAGAUUUUUUUCAGAAAAUGAAUGUUAUAAUACUGCAAGCUGUAUUAGCUAGGCUUAAACUCUUGGCUCUCCUCGCGCCAUGUCAUUGACUGAUGAUUAUUAUGAUAUUCAUGUCUUUUUGAUCAACAACUCAUUAAAAUUGCAUUGAUUCUGAUGAUUAUGAUUAUGGUUUUAGCAUAUGGAAAGAAGUUGAUAGAAUUGGUAAUAAGAUUCUCUGUCUAAAUUUUUUUAUUUCAUAACCUUAUAUUUUGCGGUGUAAUUUCAGUUUCUAUGUGGUAUAUUUGUAAUGAACAUGAAUUUUUUAUUGUUUUUGUUUUCAGCAUUUCCUUCACGCAAUCUAAUGUUUAUGACACUUUUUUGUUUGUUUGUUUGUAUGCAUGUGAGUGUAUGAAUUGCAGAACUGGUUUUGAACACUGCACUAAAAUAAUUUUAUUGUGAAUCUUGACUCUUCAUCUGUCUGCUUUCCAUAAAUAAUCCAAUAAGCCAGCAUUGUUUUGACUGAACUUCCUAUUUUUUAAAAAUUGUUUUUUAUUUCCACAAGCUAAUUGUUGAUUUCAUCUAUUUGCUUUGCAACUUCAUUUAUUACUUCAAGAACCAAUUUAGACAAAAUUCAUGUUAGAUGUUCAGAAAGAUGCAGGUAAUAUUUCAUCCAUGACUAUUCUUAAGUACAUGUAUUGUAGAUGUGCUACUUUUACUAGAUUUCAUACUGUUUAUUAUCAAAGAUUUUACUAUAUUAUUUGCUAUUUUUUGUUUGUUCCCGCCAUUAGAAUAAAGCAGUUGAAUGUUUGAUUGUGUGAAUCAAUUUGUGCAAAUUAACAUUUCUAGGCAUGUGUCUAAGAUACGUGUGUAUAUUAGAGAGCGUCACAUUUUUUGAUUACUUGCAAAUUCCCUUAGAUCUCACCUUAAACACAGAGAUUGUGAUUGCUGUCAAGCUUUAAUAGUCCAAAGUCAUGUUUAAGAGCAGAAUCUUCAUAUAUUGUAUUAAAACCAAACAAAACCAUAUCCGUAAUAACAUGGAUGCUUAUAGUAUACCGAUUAACUCCAAUUGUACAUCAUCUUGUAUCAAGAUUAUGUUUAUGAUUUGUUUCCAUGCCAAGACUUGACACGUCUUGGGACUUCGGGGCCUGUUAUUCUCAUCCCAUUGGAUCACAACACAUGUUAUGGGUUAUAAAAGAAGUUUCGUCAGUUGUAUCAAAUACUUCAAACUUGUGAAAGUUUUGAGGAACUGGCCCAAGACUGUUACUGAAAUCCCUGACCCAUCAAUUUUCAUUUUUUAUGAAAUACAUAUCAUUUGUGUGUGAAAAUUCUGCAGGUCUUGAUCGACUCUGGUCGAAUGCAGCUUAAAGUGUAUUAACCCAACAUAUACUGCAUCAAAGCUUUGGCAUAAAUUUUGCUUCUGGCUCUUGCUACCAGUAAUAGAACUCUUUAUAUGUAGCAUUUUGACAGUAAAUGUAUUGUAUUGUAUCUUUAGACCUGCUUGCAACUAUAUCAGAGCUAAUUUAUCUAGAGUUAAUAGAACUGUGUACUAGAAUUUAGUUUUCAUUCUAUAUCUUAUUCUUACACAUUUCAUAAGAAGUGAUAUAUGAAUCAGAGUAAAGAAAAGUGAUUUUUUCUAUUUUGAAGGCUUAAUUCUUUCGAACUCCUAUUUCUUUUUCUUUUCAAGCUUAUUCUACAAUCUUUAUUUUUAUUUUAUGGUGAUCUAAUUCGAGAUACUGAUGUGUACAUUGGGCAUAUGACGUGGGCUCAUACAAUAAAUGAAGCAGGAUAAUGAUCUGCUCACAAGUUUAA